UCCCCGCAAUCGCAUGUCACGAUGCCUGCGGGUCAGAAAGCAGAGAGCCUCGCCCUGAACCACACUGGCAAAAUUGGAAAGGCAAGACAUGUCAGCGACCUGACAGUGAGUUCAGACAGGAAAGGCAUACAAGUCGGUACUGGAGUCGGCAGUGUGAUUGCUCGCUCCGACGAUGCCCGACAUUCGGUGGGAAUCGGUGCUUAUAGCGAAAAUGUCCUUGGCGGAGGGAAGAUGAUGAGUGAGCCUAAUGUUGGUGCAGGUGUUGGCUACAGGUUUACCGGGGACAAGACCUCAGUUACAGCCGGUCUGCAUAAGCAAACAUUUGGAGGGAAUGUGGCUGAGCAAGGUAGUUCACUUGGCGUGGAACAUCACUUUAAUAAACAACAUUCUGUAUCCGCUGGAAUUUCUCAAAGUACAUUUGAUUUUUCUGGGGACCAGUUCCGGAAGGAUACCAGUCUCAGUGCCGGUUAUCGCUUCGACAUCAAUGACAAAUCCUCCGUCAACGCCGCCGUCCACCGGUCGACUUUCGACUUUGGUCCAGACAGAGUGACUGAGCGUGGCGGGGCCCUUGGAGCGAGCCAUCGAUUCGACGACCAGCACGCUGUCUUCGGCGGAGUCUCUCAAAGUAGAUUCGACUUCCCUGGACACCAAUCGAGGACGGAUACCAGUUCCUUCAUGGGUUAUCGCUUCAACAUCAACGACACGUCCGCCCUCUCCGCCAGCGGCCACCGAACUGCCUCGGACUUCGGAGGUAAUAUGGGUCGGGAGACCAGUCACGGCAUUUCGCUUGGCUUCCAUAAAAGUUUCUGAAUUCAACUUGGGUGAUCACCGUUUAACUUGUAUGAUUAUUUUUCAGUAGCAAUUGCUUUGUUGGGUCGCACACUCUCUCUCUCUCUCUCACACACACACACACACACACACACACACACACACACACACACACACACACACACACACACACACACACACACACACACACACGCGCGCACACACACACGCACACACACACACACACACACACACACACACACACACACACACACACACACACACACACACACACACACACACACACACACACACAUACAUACACACAUACAUACACAUACACACAUACAUACACACACACUCACACACACACACACUCACACACACACACAUAAUAU